CAGUAUAUCUUCACUGGAAAAUGGAGCGUGUAAUAUGCUUGGACAUAAAGGACCACGUGAAGAUAUCGAACCGAACUGUUUAAAAGAACCGAUUCGUGCAAACGAGUCGGACUUUUAGAAUUCUUUGGCCGAAAACUACAAUACCCAGUAGAACCCCAAGACUUAACACCGGAAGUGGCCUUUGUGAACAUUGUCCUAGCAGCACAGCAAUUUGUAGGCUAACUAUGAGUCAUUUGAACCAGAUGAUGUAAUCUUGUACGUGUUAACAUUAACACUAACCAGUCAACUUCGAGGCUAGUUUUCUGAUUCAUUGUGACUUGAGCUCUGUUGAAGCUGUCAAAUAUGGCAUCUGAGGAAACGAGAACUGAGGAAAACCUGACAGAGGAUUCUGACGGACAGAUCCACACAGAUGAUAUGAAACAAGAAACUAGCCAAAACAUUUGUCAGCACUUCCUCUUGGGCAGAUGUCAUUUUGGAGACAGAUGUCGACUGUCUCACAGAGUACUUGACGUCCCUCAAACCACACACUCAGAGGAAGAUGAUACAGCCGUCACAGAAAAGCAGAGCAAGACCCAAAAAAUCAGAAAACCGAUAAACGCAGAAAAACAGCAUAUAAGGAAUGAGAAGGAAGGGUGUAAGAAGAAGCCACGCAUGCGUACAGCCGACGAAGUCAUCUCCAGAAUUAUAUGGGACUCCUCAGUGGACCCAGCUGAUUUUAUAGUCGGUCACCUGGACCGUUUCCUUGGGGUGCUGGAACGCCCAUUCUCGGACUUCUCUUGGGACACUCAGGUAUGUGACUGUGACUUCUCUGAGGAGCUGUCUAUCCCUCGUCAUAGGAUCCAGUACUUCAGCUACAAAGGCCAGCGGCUGUGGGAUAGGGACAGUCGCACUGACAGGGUGUUCGGUUCAACAGGGCAGACUAUUUUGCCCCCUUUUGGUGGUUUGAAUCAGCAACAAGACAAUUUAGCUGACACUGACCAACAUGAAGAGACCUCCAACACAGCAGAUGGCCAAGAGCAAGCGACUGAAUUUUCUAAGGAACAGGAUGAUGGUGCAGCUACAAUUAAAACAAACAAACAAGAACUGGGAGAUGCUAUAGAUCACUCAUUUACCGAAAAUGCUGAAGAUGAUGCUUUACUUUUGCGAAAAGAAACGGCACAAGAAGACCAAAACAUGUCGGCUACCGAAGAUUUGAAUGAGUUGGCUGAGUUAUCCAUCGCUCCGAAAGAGGAAGAGACUGAAAUAGUGGAAGAAUGUAAGGACAGCUGGGACGGAGAGAACUGUCCUCCUCGGUCCAACCGUCCUCCUCCACGCAAAGCCACCCACUUUAUCUGCUUCCGCGUGGACUCUCCCGCUGCUCUCCAGGCCUUUCAGCGCAUUCAGAAAAAGGUUCUCUCCCAGCUUCCUCAGUCAGAGCCGCUAUGGGUGGACCCUGCAACUUUACACGUCACUCUUUCCCUACUUGUCCUGAAGGGCCCAGAGGAAGUCAGCGCUGCUGCUGAGCUCCUGCGUACCAUAGUCAGAAACUCCCACAAACCCCCUAUUUCUGUGUCUUUCACCCCAAAACUAAAGCACUUUAAUGGGACUGUUCUCCAUGUGGCCCCACAACCCCUGUUCGAUGUCCAGUUCCUGAAUUCCCCUAUUCAGGAAGCCUUCAAGGAGAAGGGCUGGCUACACCGCCAUUCCCGAUGCCCAACAUACCACCUCACCCUGGCCAAAUCACGGGAGCCCAUGAAAGAGAAGAUGUUUGAAGGGAUAGGGACUGUUAAACUAGCCAAAGAUAUCAACUUCGGGAAGCUAGAAGUAAACAAACUCUAUCUUUGUGUGAACGGUCAUUCAAACACAGAGAACGGUUUCUAUCAGGUUGUGUGUGUUGUGCAGCUGCCCAAUGUGUAAAAGCGCCUGGUUUAUGUAUCAUCUGAACUCAGGGUUGAUACUUAAUUACUACAUCAAAUAAUUUAUAUAUUGAAACGAAAAAUUUUAAUCAUCCUAAAUCCUAAUCAAUCCUAAAAUUACUCCUUUCCAAUCCAGUUCUGAUUUUAAAAAUGUUUACAAUAAUUUAUUCAUCAUCUUUGUUGUAGUGAGAAACACUAUUCAGUUUUGUAUCUUUACGUUCUCUCUUCACAAACUCAAAGUGUGGAUAACACAAGCAUUUGUGACAAUGGACGUUCUUUAUAUGUACUGUAUAUGUACAGUAGUCAUAUUUCAGUGCAGAAGCCAAAUUAAAUUGAAUGGCUAAAUAACUGAACAGCUUUGACAUUUGAAUUUUACAUUAUUUUAUUAUUUAAAUUUGAUUUUGUUUUCAUCUAUUUUUAGGUUAGUUUAAAUUUAAUUUGUACAUUUUUUUUUUGUACAAAUAUAAGAAGACCUUCUCUUAGUUUAGGUUUGUGUGUGCGUUUGCUUACCCUCUCUAAGGUAAAGACACACAGCAUUCACCUUAACUGUACCUGGUAAUUUCUUCACUUUCUGUUCAGGCCUUUAUUGUAAGAUGUUGCUAAGUGACUCAGUGCAGGGCAGUAUUUUUGGAUCACUUAUCGAAUUGGAUGUGAGUGGGAGUGUGUAAUUUUUUUAUUGAAAGUGGACUGGAUAUAAAUAAGUAAUUCACCAUGUAUUUCAGCUAUGUUUUUAUAGCACACGCUCUCAAUUAUUCAAGAUCAAACAAACAGCUCUGAACAGCCGUACAUUUAGCCACUGGAAUGUCUUUUAUUAAAUCAAUUAAAUCAAACUAGAUGACACACUUUUAUGAAUAUAUUUUUCUUGCGCUCGUGUGUUACAGUAGCAGCUCUGUCGGAGAUGUGAGCGAGGAAGUCUUGCAUACAUAACAUCAUUUUCUCUUUCCUCAUGCACACUAUACAUAUAUGAAUGCUUGUGCAGUCUCUUUCUCUCCAUCCCUCUUUCCUGUGCUUCUCCAUCCAGCACCCCUCCCCCAUCCUCACUCGCUUUCUCUUUCAGUGACACAGAAAAACCAACACCACCCUCCCUCUCUCAUGCAUUCAUACGCCCCCCACCCCAUACUCCCUUGGUACACAAAUACCCAUCUCUCCAUCCCUCACUCAUUCUGUUGUUUUCAUUGUAUUUUUUAUUAUUAAUCCCCCUAUCUCGGUUAAACCUCCCGGGCCACCGAGAGUCUUCAGCCCUUCCUUUCGCCGCCCAUCACCUACUUCAUUUGUGGUUAAAGACUGCGUUAAAUAAUCAUCAUAAGCAUUUAUGGGAAUUCCCUGAGAACUUAAGCCAAACAGCAUUGAUUAAAUUUGGAAAACCUUGUGA